AUGCCGAAGCCAAAGUUCGACUGUGUCGGUUGUGACCGCGAAAACGCGGUAUUGGAUAUGGUGCUAUGUGACGCGUGCUCUAAGUGGUGGCACUUCGAUUGCGCUGGUGUUUCCAAGGAGGUGAAGUGCGUGAAGUGGGUGUGUGAACGGUGUGAAAGCGGCGAAAAGGACGAGGCAGCCCAGGUGAAAGGCCACGAGAUGAGUGGCAAACCUAGUAGGGCUACUCGUGGGAAGGCCCAAUUUCAGAAUGGCGAUACAUCCAAAACCCAUUUAGAGAAACCCGUAGAAGUACCUUCGCAGCAGAAACCAGCGGUCCAAAAGUUAGCCUCAUCAAAAGCGUCCUUAGUCGCAACUCCGGACAUAGUUAUGGCUCAGCGAAGCGUUAGGAGCGAAACGGGUACUGCGCCGACAAAUACGACGCAUGUGGAAAAGAACAGAAUGGCGUCCAGUCUGAUCGAAGGUUUUAGCUCUCGAUGCAAAAUAAACCCCAACCAAAAGGAUAGUGAAUCGCACGUUUCUCGCAGAAGUAAAAGCUCUGUGGCAACGACACUGAAGCUAGAACGUUUAGCUAAAGAGCGAAGGUUGGAAGUCGAAGCGCUUCAAACUGAAAUGAGUAAAAGAAUCGCGAAAUUGAAUUCGGAUUACGAAGCGAUGAAGCAACAGAUAGAGGAUGGCAGUGUUAGCAAGAGAAGUGGUCGCAGCGUUAGUGAAACAUCACAAGUCGUUGAUUGGUUAACCAGUGACCAUGAGCGAAAAGCACUUCCUAACCCCUGCACUAGUACCGCGGAAGAACGUGAGAGUGCGAGGCGAUUGUGGGAUAUGUCGUGA